UAUACUGGAGCGACGCGCUCGCUCAGAUUAUGCACCGUCAGGAUUUGCCUUUAUUCUCCAUCACUGCGACAUGUGCGAGAGACGGAGGCGGCGAUAAAGACUAGCGCAGCCUGGAAAAUUCCUCUGACCCGCGGCUGGGCAGGUUUCGCGCGACGCUUUCGCGAUAUUCCGUGUUCUCCGCGUGAUCUGAGGCUUGUAUUCACCAUGAACCAGGAGAAAUUGGCUAAACUUCAAGCCCAGGUCCGGAUAGGGGGCAAGGGAACGGCACGCAGGAAGAAGAAGGUGGUGCACAGAACGGCAACGGCCGACGACAAGAAGCUUCAGAGCUCCUUAAAGAAGCUUGCGGUCAAUAACAUAGCCGGCAUCGAAGAGGUGAAUAUGAUUAAAGACGACGGCACGGUCAUCCACUUCAACAACCCCAAAGUGCAGGCGUCUCUGUCGGCCAACACCUUCGCCAUCACGGGCCACGCGGAGACCAAACAGCUCACGGAAAUGCUCCCGGGAAUCCUCAGUCAGCUCGGCGCCGACAGCCUCACGAGUCUGCGCAAGCUCGCCGAGCAGUUCCCCAGACAGGUUCUCGACAACAAAGCUCCGAAGGCGGAAGAUAUCGACGAAGAAGACGACGACGUCCCGGAUCUUGUAGAGAACUUCGACGAGGCGUCGAAGAACGAGGCAAACUGAGCGCUGAACUGCCGUUCAGGACGAAGUCUCCUGCGGUAUUUUUAAAUUAGAGUGACAAGACAUAUCAUUUCAACACUAUCCAGUGAAACCAGAGACUUUUAUAUCUUAAAUUGCCUGCUCCGGAUCCAUUCCUGACCUUUCUCCUGCAUUUAUACGGAAAGAUGGACGGUUAGUUGAACGCUUAACGGUUAUAAAGCUUAUCGUGUUGCUAGUUGAAAUGACGGCAAUGGCUACAAAAAUUUGUCUUAAUUGCUUUUCUGUUAAUUAAAUAAAAAUAAAGAUCAUAAAACUGU